AAUGAGAUACACCUGAAGUUAAUGAUUGAUGAGCUUCAGUUUUGAGGAUAUAAAAGUAGCGCGCACCUUCCACUGCCGUCACCUCCACUGUCCGCAGCCAUGGCUUUCAAUGGAAAAUACCAGGCGGUCUGUCAUGACAACUUUGAGCAGUUCAUGAAGGCUUUUGGUAUGCCUGACGAAUUCAUCAAGGCGGCCAAAGAUGCCAAGACUGUCACUGAGAUCGUGCAGAACGGCAACUGCUUCAAAGUGACUGAAACCACUGGAGAUCAUGUCCUGGCCAACAGCUUCACCGUCGGUCAGGAGGGCGAACUGACAACGGUGACUGGGGAGAAGGUCAAGGCUACCGUGCACUGUGAGGGCAACAAGCUGAAGGUUAGUCUGAAGGGAGUGGAUUGCGUGACCGAGCUGAUCGGCAACAAGCUCGUCGAUACCAUGACGUUCAACGGCAUCUCUUACAAGAGGACGAGCGAGCGUGUGUAACCGACAGAAGGGUUUUAACAAAGUAAAUAAACCUUUCCUUUCAACAAAUGAAA